UGGACACUUAGACAUGGCUUCUUGAAUGGUAUAAAUUCAUGAUACUAUUCUGCACUGAAGUGCUCCCCCACUUUUGCCCAUAUAUGAGUCUUGCGCCUCCGAAAUGGAUCGUAAGGUCACUGAGAGCAAGCACACGGGGUUUGAAUUCUCAGUAUUCCUCAGAAUGUCUAACAUAACACUAAGCAUAGAAAAGGAUUAGAGUGAAUGAGUGUGCCUUUUACAAACCGUUCAAAAACCCUAAAGUCCAGCUUCUUAAAUUGUGGUUUGAUACCUGAAUGUGGGUGUCAUGAAAUUACGAUACAUCAUCAGCAACUGUUUCUUUUUUUAAAAAAUACGUAUUUUCUAUACCUAGAUAUGUGAGGUCAUGUGAACAGAAGUCACGAGGGAAACUUUCAAAAGUCCCGUUCUAAGAUUUCAGCUGAUCAAGAUUAUUUAAAUUUACACGGAGAAAACAAGGAGAGGAGGGGCCGGAAGCAAGAGGGUCCAGUACCGGAAGUGGGUGAGGCAAGCUAGGCUCCCAAGAAAGGCGCGCAAACAUAAGUCGCUCCUGACUGGCCCUCAGGAUGUCUGAGUUCGAUGAGUUCGAGCAGCAGCUGGAAAAGAAUAAACAGGAACGAGAAAAAGAGAACCAUGAUCAUAAACGCAGCCCCAGUAGAAGCGGCAGGCAAGAGCGGAAGCCUCGAGGUCGCAGCCGAGAGAAAAAGCAUCGGGGUCACAGCCGAGAUCACCAGAACCGAGAGGGGCAAAGUGAUUCUGGGGAGUGGAGACGGCACCGCAAACAUUCGACUAAAGAUGAACAUGACAAAAAAAUUCGGUCCUCUCGCCAUGAGAAGAGAAAGAAGACCCGCAAAUACUGGGAUGUUGCGCCAUCAGGCUUUGAGCACAUCACUCCCAUGCAAUACAAAGCAAUGCAAGCCGCUGGUCACAUUCCGUCCACCUUAGCCCGUUCAACCACGAUCUCUGAUGGCCGGGCCAUGAUGUCCCCUGCGCCCACAUCGGGGAACCAUAUGAACCGGCAGGCCCGCCGCCUCUACGUCGGCAACAUUCCUUUCGGUAUCACAGAGGAAGCGAUGAUACAGUUUUUCAAUGUCCAGAUGUGCAUCAGAGGACUUGCCCAGCCCUCCAGUAGGCCGGUAAUGGCUGCCCAGAUUAACCACGAAAAAAACUUUGCCUUCCUAGAGUUUCAAGCAGUGGAUGAGACAACCCAGGCCUUGGCCUUUGACGGCAUCAUCUUCCGGGGUCAAGCCCUCAAGAUUAGAAGGCUCCACAACCACCCGCCGCCCGGAUUCAGAAAUUUCUCUGGUUCUGGAGCCGUGUCCUCUGUGGUCCCUAAUUCUGCUCACAAACUGUACAUUGGGGGAAUCCCCAGUUAUCUGACUGAUGAUCAGGUAAAGGGGCUUCUGAAUUCAUUUGGGGCCCUCAGAGCCUUUAACCUAAUCAAGGAUAGCACCACAGGUUUCUCCAAGGGCUAUGCCUUCUGUGAGUAUGCAGACAUCAAUGUCACUGACCAGGCCAUCUCCGGGCUGAACGGGAUGCAACUGGGGGAUAAAAAGCUCCUGGUACAGAGGGCUAGUGUGGGAGCCAAGAACUCCAUGUUGAGCACCUUAAACCAGAUGCCGGUGACCCUACAAGUCCCGGGUCUCGUGAGCUCGCAGGUGCAAGAGAGUGGCCUGCCUACGGAGGUCUUGUGCCUCAUGAACAUGCUGCUUCCUGAGGAGCUUCGGAAUGAUGACGAGUACAAGGAGAUCAUGGAGGACGUCCGGGAUGAGUGCAGCAAGUACGGGGUGGUCAAGUCCAUCGAGAUCCCCCGGCCCACGGAUGGUGUGGAGGUCCCCGGCUGUGGCAAGAUCUUUGUGGAGUUCGUGUCGACGUUUGACUGUCAGAAGGCGAUGCAGGGCUUGACCGGUCGGAAGUUUGCCAACAGAGUGGUUGUCACCAAGUACUGCGACCUAGACACCUUCCGCCGCCGAGACUUCUGGUAGAAACUGUUAGUUGGGGGGGGGGGGCGGAGCCGGAUGGGGUCCUCCAACCUUCCCCCUCCAUGGGUCUACCAGGAGGAAGAAGAGACCCCCUCGAAGGCAGAGGGGCCAAAGCUCGGUCAGGCAUUUGGACACACGCAAACACACAAAGACACAUACACAGGGGGAUGGGAGAGGGGGGUGGGUCCUCCUCCCCUCACAGUAGCAGCACAGCUUGUGUCUAUUUUAUGAUCAAAACUUUUCUAUUUUGUUUUCCUGACCCUCUAGGGCCACAAAGCCCUCCUUCCCACACCACCCCCUCCCGGGAUCUGUCUCCUCCCCCUCCCCGUACCUGUCCUGUAGUACUCAUGAUCCACGAUACUUUUUUAUGUAAUUGAGACUUUGUAUUUCUCCAUCCCCUCCCUCCCAACAAUGCCAUAUUUAGUAAAGACGAAUUUGCUCGUUAAACGUCUUGCUGUAUUUUUUUUUAAAAGAACAGGUCU